AUGCUGAUCGCCAUCGUCGGUACGCGCGCCUCAGGCAAGGACUCCGUUUACAGAUACCUAGUAGACAAGGGCUUCACUCCCCUCGCCCUUGCCGAAGCCGAGCCAGACAACUUGCGUUUCUCGUCGACUUCUGAGAUGCUGGCGCACGUAACGCGACACUGGACGGACCACUUCGUGACGAUGGACCUGGGGACGCGCGCGUUGCUCGCGCCGUUCAUGAGGCGUCCGUUCUUCAUGCUGAUCAGUGCAGCGGCAGACUCGCUGCACGCGAUACGCGAUCUCGUGCAUCUACACAUCGACAACGCGUUCGACACGGUGCCGGACUUGCACUUUCAUCUGGAGAAGCUGGACUUGCUCGAUCCGAGCCAUUUGCGACCAGGAUGGGAUGCAUACUUUAUGACCAUUGCAUCCCUCGCAUCGCACCGGUCAAACUGCAUGAAGAGGCGCGUCGGUGCAGUCCUCGUCGACGUGCGGGGAGGGAACCGCAUCAUUGCUACUGGGUAUAACGGAACACCUCGCGGUCUGACCAACUGCAAUGCAGGCGGUUGUCCUCGCUGCAACACAGGCAUGGAGUCGGUCGAGUGCAUAUGCUUGCACGCCGAAGAGAACGCCCUCUUAGAAGCGGGAAGGGAACGCGUCGGGCCCGGCGCAGUGUUGUACUGCAAUACAUGCCCUUGCCUCAAAUGCACCGUCAAGAUCAUCCAGACGGGCGUGUCGACCGUGGUGUACAACCUGUCGUACAAAGUGGAUGACGCCUCCGCUGCACUCUUCAAGGAGUCCGGCGUCGAGCUGCGGCGAUACAACCCCAACCACAAGCACUAUCUUCCGACCAUAGAUGCUCCUGGUCUACGCAUGAUAAACCCCUGA